GUUGUAGGCGCACCCUUUUGUGCAACUAGGUAGGCGGAUCGAAGAACUUUAUCUAGGACCCGAAACAUUUCCCACUCAAUAUCACUCGAAAUCAUUGAAAAUAUGUUGAUCGUCACAAAACAUUUUCUUUUAUUCGGACUUAUCUGCUGUCUUCUUGUUUCGAAAACACUUUCUGAUAUUUCGCUCAACAACUACGGGGAUCCAGCGUAUCCAGGUCGCUGUGUGAUCGAUGUGGGCUCCACGGUUGUGCUGCUCAACUACGGUGAGAGAUACCGACUGAAAUCCCUGCCCUGCACCUAUAUUUUUUGCAGUGGUGAUGGCUACGGGUUGCUCUAUACGUGUGAAAAGAAAUCGCCUCCAUAUGGAUGUCGCUUUGCUGAAUAUUUAAAGUGGGAUAACGUAUAUCCUGAAUGCUGUGAGCGCAAAGUAGUGUGCGAUUAAAAUUCUCUGUGAAAGAUUUUCUUGGUUAAGAGUAAAUUAAUUGGCCGCAUUCUGCAAAAUUCGUUAAGCAAAAGCAUACAAGAGAAAUGAUAUCGACGAAACCCAGUUGGGUGCUUGAGUUAUGCUAAAUUUCCAGAUUCCAAGUUUGCAAUUGUUCUGCAUAAAUUUAUUUAUGAGCUCAGUCAUAAUUUUUUGCUUGCACAGCUCAGCGAGGUUUAUGGUUUUUUGGCGAGGCUCCUCCGCUGGCCCGAAUUUAUUGACCGUUGGCCAAGGAUCCGGCCCGGCCCUUUUGCCAUGGCCUUCGGACUUCAGAUGCUUGACGGCUUCCAGGGGGAUGGGCAGCAUGGAUUGGUCGGAGCCGGAAAGAUAAAGGGCGGCGGGCAGAAAUGAAAACCACAGCAACAACACUAAUUGACAUUUGAGUGCGACUGCAACUGCGACUGAGGCAGAUUAAGGCCCGGAUCCAUUGCGGGUCAAAUGUGUCGACCUUGGCAGUUGCUCCCAAUUCGCCAGUGGCGUUUAAAGCCAAUUGCCCUCUGACCCUGCCCUGCAUUUGCAUCUCCCGCCUGUUUUUCCUUGCUGUGUAAUCAAAGUCGCAUCUCAAUUAUGUGAUUGAUUGUCGGACUGCAGUUGUCCCCGGUCAAUUGUUUAAUUAUUCAAUUCAAUGUUCGGUCAUCGCAUCAACAUUCAGUGCCGCAGAUUGCCAGCGUGAUAUAACCGACUUUGUUUUAAUAAAUGCAUUACUUAAGAAA